CAAUGAGUAUCUACUCCCGAUUUAGCCACCAUGUUUUUUCAUCCUUAACUGAGUUUCACUCGUCCUCGAGCAUCUCAGUUUUAAUGUCUAAAAAGACCUUUUAGGGCCAAGACAAGCUCCAAAACCAAAAUUCCCAACAGGAUAACAUAUUACUGGCCGAAAAGAGCGGGAAUUAGCAUGCAUUUUCUCAGAAUUUCUUCACACCCCUCCAUCCCAUCACCACACCCCAAAGCCGUUCGAGCAAGUGCCUCAGAGACAGACCCCCCACCGAAACCCAAAGAAAUCAGGGUCUGUGUCAACAGAAUCUGCCGUCGAAAAGGCUCCAUGGAAACCCUCCAAGUGCUCACUGAUCUUGCACCUCCUGAUAUAACAAUCAAGUCAUGUGGGUGUCUUGGCAAAUGUGGCAUUGGGCCCAAUGCUGUAAUGCUGCCUGGUGCUGUUUUUGUAAGUCAUUUGGGUACUCCUGCCAGGGCUGCUGCCCUUUUAUCGAGUACGUGUGGCGGUGAGUUGGGGUCGUGGAGGAAGAGCUUGGAAGCGCUCGCGUUGAAGAAGAGAGCUGAGGGGGAAAUGGAGGUGGCGAAUUUUUCGCAGGCUGAAGUUCUGUUGUCACAGGCAAUAGAAAUUCAACCACAAGGAGGUAUACAUGUUCUUUAUAAGGACAGGGCUAUUGCAAGGAUUGCAAUAGGUAAUGUAAGUGAUGCUAUUGAAGAUGUUAAAGAGGCUUUGACUUUGGCUCCCAAGUACCCCGAGGCAUAUCUCAUCCAAGGUGAUGCUUUCUUGGCCAUUGAGCAGUUUGAUGGUGCCGAGGAGUCCUAUUCCAAGGCUCUAGAACUUGAUCCUUCCAUUCGGCGUUCCAAAUCAUUCAAGGAUCGCAUUGCAAAGCUUCAAGAGAAAUUCAUUAUUACUCAGUGAGUAGGCCGUCUGAUUGAAGUGCUUUGUGAGCGAAUAGUUGCAAACAAGGAUACUUAAGGUGUGUAUCCAGGAUGGUUGUUUUUCCUCCAAACCAAAUUGAUGAUUUGUCAUGAGAAUAUCCAGUUGUACAAGUUGACUAAGUUAAGGCGGAGGCAAGGUAAUAUCUACAAAAUAAUUUUCACUGCCCCCCACCCCCCCACCCCACCCCACCCCCACACACACACACACUCUCAUUAUAAGCUAGUGGUGCAUUGAGUUGUGUGAAUAUAGUUCUGCCAGUGCAUGACAAUUGUGUAUCCAUUUGUAAAUUUGUGUCAAAUAUAGUGUAGUUCAAUAAGGAUCAUCUGUUUUAGGAGACAAAGAAACAAGAUUAAUACUGACAUAAUGUAUUCGAUGUCAAAGUUUGUUGUAAUUUUAUCAAAUGUGAUGGUUUUAGCCA